AUGUACCUCGUCGUCAUCCCACACAAAAAACAAGGCCCAUUAUUACAACAACACUUCCACUUUGUCAAUAUGCUCAACUCUUUACCUUUUUUCAUACACUCAUCAUCAGUCACCAGCUUACCAUCUUCGUCUACUCGUGCUACUACGAACAAUAGUAUCAACAGACCAUCGUCGUCAUCAUCAUCAUCAUCGAAAAAGGGCAACAAUUUCAAGAGAGGAUUUCGUUUAUCAUCAUCAUCAUCAUCAUCAGAACAACAACAAGAACAACCGGCGAAGAUACAGGAAACGUAUCAGUUUCACAGUCCGGGAGGGAAAGUGACGUUCGCGCACGAAACCGACGGAGAGAAGUCGAAGUGGACGAAUUGUGAGAUUUCACACGUCGGCGAUGUGAACGAAGAGACAAAGGUGAAGCUUGGAAUCGUCAUCGGCGAGUUUCACGACCAACUCAUGAACCGCAUGCUCGAAGACGCGCGCCUCUCGGCGUUGGCGAUGAACGCCGAAAUCACUCGAGUCGUCUUCGUUCCGGGCACGUACGAAGCGCCGUUAAUAUUAGAAAACAUGCUCAUGGACGACUCGCUCGACGCGGCGUGCGUUUUAGGAUACAUAGAAAAAGGUUCCACUUUACACGGCGAGGAGAUGGGAAAUACGUGCUCGUUGAUUUUUAAGCAGUUGGAGUUGGAAUAUCGCAAACCGGUAGGGAUGGGCAUCAUCGGUCCCGGGGCAACCGCGGAGCAGGCGGAAACGAGAGUGGCGUACGCCGGCAACGCCAUUCGCGCCGCGAUUCGAAUGGCCAGGACGAUGAUGGUAUGA